UUUACUUUUGGUGUUUUAAAGCAGAUGGUGUUCGACAAGAAGGCGGAACAUUUGCCUGCUGCUCUCAGAUCAGUUCAGACCUGUGUUCAACACUGACUCCCUGCUGGACUACACGUGAACACUACAGGAGACAGAUCUCCUCUUUUCCACAGAGCCACAACUUCAUGUGCUGGAGACUCUGUGAUGUCUGUCAUUGGGAAUGCAACGGCACAGACAUUCAGCGUGAUGUGAAGAGGGAAUUAAAUCCUGUUUUCUGUCUAACGAACGUCUGGAUUCACUUCUGACUGAACUUGGAACAGUAAAUGCGCACUUGCUCUUCGGCUGCAGGGGAUUUUCAGGAUGGCUUUACUGUGGCUCUUUCUGUUGAUCAGAGGAAAUGUGUGAACUCUGAAGUAUAAAGACGAACACAAGUUUCACAUCUGUGAAGUCACCACUCGGACAGGAGCCUCAGGAUGAGAAGAUGGCAGCCAUACUGUUUCCACCGGGUCCUGACAGUCUACACCGGUUCACUCGUGAGUCCCUGGCUGGAAUCGAACAGCGGAUCGCUGAGGAACAGGCCCGGAAUGCCAAAAAGUAUCAGGAGGAUCUGGGCGACGUGGAGCCGCCCAAGUCCCGGGCCGACCUGGAGGCUGGCAAACAGCUCCCUCGAAUCUUUGGAGACAUUCCGUCGGAACUGGUGGGCGUCCCUCUGGAGGAUAUCGACUCAUUUUACUUCCAGGACAAAAAAACGUUUAUAGUACUGAACAAAGGGAAGGCCAUCUUCCGCUUUAGUGCCACUUCUGCACUCUAUAUCUUUAGUCCUUUUCAUCCUGUGAGAAGAGCAUCAAUAAGGAUUUUAGUACACUCUUUAUUCAGUCUUUUCAUUAUGUGCACUAUUUUGACCAACUGUUGUUUUAUGGCCAUGUCUGAACCAGCGCAGUGGGCCAAAUAUGUGGAAUACACUUUUACUGGCAUUUAUACGUUUGAGUCGUUGAUCAAAAUCCUGGCGAGAGGCUUCUGCAUCGGGCCCUUCACCUUCCUGAGGGACCCGUGGAACUGGCUGGACUUCAGCGUCAUUGUUAUGGCAUAUGUUACUGAGUUUGUGGACCUGGGCAAUGUCUCAGCGUUACGGACAUUCAGGGUUCUGCGAGCGCUGAAAACUAUCUCAGUCAUCCCAGGUCUGAAGACUAUCGUUGGUGCUCUGAUUCAGUCGGUGAAGAAGCUGGCUGACGUCAUGAUCCUCACCGUCUUCUGCCUCAGCGUGUUCGCUCUCAUUGGCCUGCAGCUCUUCAUGGGAAACCUGCGACAGAAAUGCGUCCGCAGCCCCGCGCACUGUCUCAACACCACCAUACCUUCAUAUUACAACAGCACUUUUAUCUGCAAUAACAGAAACUGGUCUUCGGUGGAGGACUUCCUCACUAAUGAAGACAAUUACUUCAAAGUGGAAGGAGCUAAGGACGCCUUAAUAUGUGGAAACGCAAGUGAUGCUGGGAAAUGUCCGGAUGGUUUUCAAUGCAUGAAGACAGGCCGGAACCCAAACUACGGCUACACGAGUUUCGACACCUUCGGCUGGGCGUUUCUCUCGCUCUUCAGACUGAUGACUCAAGAUUACUGGGAAAACCUUUAUCAUCAUACUCUGCGGUCGGCGGGAAAAGCUUACAUGGUGUUUUUCGUGGUGGUGAUCUUUCUGGGAUCUUUCUAUCUGGUGAACCUGAUUCUGGCUGUGGUGGCCAUGGCCUACGAGGAGCAGAACCAAGCCACCAUCGCUGAAGCCCUCCAGAAAGAACAAGAGUUUCAACUGGCCAUGGAACAGCUGAAGAAAGAGCAACAGAUGGCUCAGAAAGCACAGGAAACCGAGUCCAUCCUGACAGCAGACGUGUCGCCCUUUUCCUCACAGGGCAACAGAGGGAAUCUGGACCGGAGGAAAAGCUCGAGGCCGAUGUCAGAGGGGACAGAAGACAACAAAACAACAAAGCUGGACACUAUUGAGGGAAUGAAGCAAACACAUUCUCUGCUGGUCCGAACUCUCUCCCUGCGGGCCAGGCGUGAAAGUCAGGUCAGCAUCUUUAACUUCCGACCGCUGAACAAGGACUCAGAGCUGGAUUUCGCAGACGACGAGUUUAGCAAUCACGGAGACUCGGACAGCCGCGGCGGCUCACUAGCGCUGCCCUGGAACCGGCGACGGACGAGCGCUCUGAGCACCUGCAGUCACAGCUCGCAGUUCUUCUUCCCCAGUCUGAACGGGAAACUGUUUGUGGCCAUCGAUCAGAACGGAAUCUCCAGUCAGGGGCCGCUGUCUCCACUUCCAGCCUGCACCAUGGAGAAGGUCAAAGAGGAAAGUGGUCACAACUCCACCAAUGAGCUGAGCAGUAUGCUUCUGCCCCAGCUGCCCCAGGAGUGUCGAAACCGGACCCUGAGCGCCACCAGCUACAUCACUGAUGCCAUGGAAGAAUUGGAGGAAGCUCAGCAGAGGUGUCACCCGUGCUGGUACGUGUUCGCACAAAAGUAUCUGGUGUGGACGUGUUCUCCCGGCUGGCUGAGACUGAAGGAAUGGAUGAAGUUUAUGGUGAUGGAUCCCUUCCUGGAUCUGGCCAUCACCAUCUGCAUCGUUCUCAACACUCUCUUCAUGGCACUGGAACAUUAUCCCAUGACGGACGAGUUCAACAAGAUGCUGUCUGUGGGCAACCUGGUGUUCACUGGGAUCUUCACAGCAGAGAUGGUCCUGAAGAUCAUCGCUCUGGAUCCGUAUUUUUAUUUUCAGCAGGGCUGGAACAUCUUUGACAGUCUGAUCGUCAGUCUGAGUCUGAUGGAGCUCGGUCUGUCCAACGUUGAGGGUCUGUCUGUCCUGCGCUCCUUCAGAUUGCUGAGAGUUUUCAAGCUGGCCAAGUCAUGGCCGACGCUAAACACGCUGAUCAAGAUCAUCGGGAACUCUGUGGGAGCUCUGGGAAACCUCACGCUGGUGCUGGCCAUCAUCGUCUUCAUCUUCGCCGUGGUGGGCAUGCAGCUGUUCGGCAAGAACUACGAGUCGUGCGUGUGUAAGAUCUCCAAGGACUGCACACUUCCCCGCUGGCACAUGAAGGAUUUCUUCCACUCGUUCCUCAUCGUGUUCAGGGUUCUGUGCGGCGAGUGGAUUGAGACCAUGUGGGACUGCAUGGAGGUCGCCGGUCAGCCGCUCUGCAUCUUGGUCUUCAUGCUGGUCAUGGUGAUCGGGAACCUUGUGGUGUUGAAUCUGUUCUUGGCCCUGCUCCUAAGCUCCUUCAGUGCAGAUAACCUCUCUGCUCCGGACGAAGAUGGCGAGAUGAACAACCUGCAGAUCGCCAUAGCUCGCAUCCAGCGCGGGAUCCUGUGGCUGCGACAGGCCCUCUGUGACUUCUUCAACGGGAAUUUCAAACGCCGGCGGCAGAAAGCCAAGGAGGCUAAAGCCAUGCUGAAGCUCAAGCGUCUCAGCCAGCAGCCGCACUGGGCGGAGGGAAACGGGACGGUCAUCGAGCGCAGCGGUGAGGACGACAGCUACAUGACAAACCCAAACCUCACCAUCAGCGUGCCCAUUGCCCCUGGAGAGUCAGACGUGGAGUCUCCUGAGGAAGAGGAGGAGGAGGAGGAGGAAGAUAAUGCCAGCGAGAGCUCGGAGGAGGAGAGGGAGGAGCCUAAACCAAGCGACGACACCAGCCUAUCAGAAGGCAGCACGAUUGACCUCAGGAAACCCGGCGAAGAGGAGGACCAAUAUUCUGAGAUUGCCGAAGAAACCAUGGAUCCAGAAAACUGCUUUCCUGACGUGUGUGUUCGGCGGUGUAAGUGCUGUGACAUCAACACGUCGCAGGGUUUGGGCCGAGCCUGGUGGCGUCUGAGGAGGACGUGUUAUCAGAUCGUGGAGCACAGCUGGUUUGAGACCUUUAUCAUCUUCAUGAUCCUCCUCAGCAGCGGAGCUCUGGCGUUUGAAGAUAUUUACAUUGAACAAAGGAAAGUGGUGAAAGUGAUCCUUGAAUACGCAGAUAAAAUGUUCACCUACAUCUUUAUCUUGGAAAUGACUCUGAAGUGGAUCGCUUACGGCUUCAAGAAAUAUUUCACCAACUACUGGUGCUGGCUGGACUUUCUCAUCGUGGAUGUGUCACUAGUCAGCCUCGUAGCAAACACGCUCGGAUACUCUGACUUCACUGCCAUCAAAUCACUCAGAACACUCAGAGCCCUCAGACCGCUGAGAGCACUGUCCAGAUUUGAAGGCAUGAGGGUGGUGGUUAACGCUUUGAUCGGGGCCAUACCGUCCAUCAUGAACGUGCUGCUGGUGUGUCUGAUCUUCUGGCUCAUCUUCAGCAUCAUGGGCGUCAAUCUGUUCGCCGGCAAGUUCGGCCGUUGCGUCAACCGGACGGGUUUCAUCUACAACUCCUCUUACAUCAACAACAAGACGGAGUGUCUGGCCAUGAACAGCACGCUGUACUACUGGAGUAAAGUCAAAGUCAACUUCGACAAUGUGGCCGCCGGGUACCUCGCGCUGCUUCAAGUGGCCACUUUUAAGGGCUGGAUGGAGAUCAUGUACGCGGCGGUGGACUCGCGAUCUGUGGAGGAACAGCCCAUUAAAGAGAACAGUCUGUACAUGUAUCUCUACUUCGUCAUCUUCAUCAUCUUUGGCUCUUUCUUCACUCUAAAUCUCUUCAUCGGUGUCAUCAUUGACAAUUUCAACCAGCAGAAGCGAAAGAUAAGAGGACAGGACAUCUUCAUGACUGAAGAACAGAAGAAAUAUUAUAACGCUAUGAAGAAGCUCGGAUCCAAGAAACCACAGAAACCCAUUCCACGACCUCUGAACACAUUUCAGGGAUUUUUAUUUGACCUGGUCUCCAAACAAGCGUUCGACAUCAUCAUAAUGCUCCUCAUCAUCCUCAACAUGGUGACCAUGAUGGUGGAAACGGACGAGCAGUCUCCAGGCAUCGAGUUCAUUCUCUACUACAUCAACCUGGCCUUCAUCGUCAUCUUCACCAGCGAGUGCACCCUUAAAAUCCUCGCCCUGCGCUGUUACUACUUCACCGUCAGCUGGAACAUCUUUGACUUUGUGGUUGUCAUUCUGUCUAUUGUGGGUGUCGUUCUCGCCGACAUCAUUGAGAAAUAUUUUGUGUCGCCCACUCUGUUUCGAGUCAUCCGCUUAGCUCGGAUCGGCCGGAUCCUUAGACUCAUCCGAGGGGCCAAAGGAAUCCGAACGCUGCUCUUCGCCUUGAUGAUGUCAUUGCCGGCGCUGUUCAACAUCGGCCUCCUUCUCUUCCUCGUCAUGUUCAUCUACGCCAUCUUUGGCAUGGCCAACUUCGCCUACGUCAAGAAGCAGGGCGGCAUCGAUGACAUGUUCAACUUCGAGACGUUCGGCAACAGCAUGAUCUGUCUGUUCCAGAUCACCACCUCCGCCGGCUGGGACAACCUGCUGAGCCCUAUACUGAACAACUCACCGGAGGAGUGCGACCCGGAUAUCCCCCACAUCGGCACGAACACCCGGGGCAACUGCGGCAAUCCUUCAGUGGGCAUCACGUUUUUUGUCACCUACAUCAUCAUUUCUUUCCUCAUCGUGGUCAAUAUGUACAUCGCCAUUAUUUUGGAGAAUUUCAGCGUUGCUACGGAGGAGAGCACGGAACCGUUGAGCGAGGACGACUUCGAGAUGUUCUACGAGGUUUGGGAGAAGUUCGACCCCGAGGCCACGCAGUUCAUAGAGUACUCCAAACUCUCGGAUUUCGCCGACACACUUUCAGAGCCGCUGCGCAUCGCCAAGCCCAACAAAAUCAAACUCAUUUCCAUGGACCUGCCCAUGGUGAGCGGAGACAAGAUUCACUGUCUGGACAUCUUAUUUGCCUUCACCAAACGCGUGCUGGGCGAGUCGGGCGAGAUGGACGCUUUGAAACAGCAGAUGGAGGAGAAGUUCAUGAUGGCCAACCCCUCCAAGAUCUCGUACGAGCCCAUCACCACCACCCUGAGGAGAAAACAAGAGGAGGUGUCGGCCCUCAUAAUCCAAAGAGCGUACAGGAGAUAUCUGAUGAGGCGGCAGCUGAAACGAGCCUCGUUACUCUACCGUCAGAUCAACAUGUCCGACUCCGCCAAAUAUGACGGUGACAGCGUGCCAGAGGACGAGGGACUCGUGGCCUGUAUGAUCCAGGAGAACUACGGACUCGAGAUCACCCAGACGCUGUCGGCGACGUCUUCCCCCCCGUCGUACGACAGCGUUACACGGGCCACGAGCGAACUUUUCCAAGCUCUGAUCCCCCAAAACACGGACCUCAGUGAAACCUUGCCCUCUCCGGACAGAGACCGCCAGUCGUUUCUGUGACCAUUUGGGGCGAUUUCCUUUUUUGUUUACCGAAUGUAACAUAGUUGAAAUGACACAUGGGUUUUUGUAGGAACUCUUUGAUUUCUCUAGUGGUUCACUGUUUUUGUUUGAACCGACAGGAGAUUUCUGCACACGCUCACAGUUUGAAUGCAUGAGUGAGAUCCCUAGAGAUUAUUAUAUCAAAUAUUAGACUGAACGAAACACGUUUUAUCAUUAAAGGUCUUACUUCA